CAUGUGCCAAGAAUGCCAACAGCCAGGGCCAACAGCCAGGGCACACACAGGAAAAGGCUGAAGCUGUCUGUGGGAUGCAUGUAAUAGAGCGUAGACGGAAAGCAGUUUUUUUUUAAAUCACAGUUCCAGUGGAAGUUUGCAGAACAGAUGUAUAAAAGGACACACAGGGAUAUUGACUUCAUAUCCAUAACAAGACUCCAAAGAGAGAACAUCCACCACAAUACUGGUUCUCAUCAAGAUUCAGCAAUGAAACUCCAAAUAUUGCUCCUAUUUUUCUUUCAUAACUGUAUGAACCAAGAAUUAAAUAACACUCAUAUACGACAUAAAAGGGCAAUACUGGACCUUGCUGAAAUGAUUGAAUGUGGCACUGGGCUCUCCCCUCUGGCAUACGUUGGUUAUGGAUGUUACUGUGGAAUAGGAGGAAAAGGAUCACCAAAGGACAAAGCAGAUUGGUGCUGCCAUAAACAUGACUGUUGUUAUGGAAUUGCAGAGCAACAUGGAUGUUUGCCUAAGUCUGAUUUUUAUGAUUGGAGCUGUACUGAUGACGCAUACAUCAAAUGUGGUAAUACAAAUGACCACUGCCAAAGAAUUCUGUGCUAUUGUGACAAACAAUUAGCUGAGUGUUUGAGAAAAGCACCUUACAAUAACAAGUAUAUUCUGUAUCCCAAUUUUUUAUGUGGUAGCAAGACUCCAUCCUGCUAUUAUAGAGAAUGGUACCAAAAUCGCAGAAAGCAAGCACGUGCUGGAUAAAUAGCCGUUUCACGGAAUGUGACUUGUGUCCCUAGUGAUUGGAUGAAGGCGACCGAGUUACCCGUGUGGAUUUAAAUGAUGGGAUUGGUCCCUGACACUAAAACAGAAGAAUCUACUUGGAUGAGCAGUAAAUGGCCUUCAACGCUAACUUAUCAGAAUUUUUUUUGCAAACCGAGAUAAGAUAUGACCAAUUCAGAGCAUUUGUUGCUGUCCCAUGAUCGAUUGCUUGAUUAUAUGUUUUAAAGAGAAAGUAAACUGUGUUGGGGGGGGGGGCAACUUUUGCCAUACUUGCAGGUAUGGCACACACCUACCUUCUUCUAUGCUGUCCUCCAGUGAUGAUCGGUCCAAGCACCUGUCACUGUUGCGUCCCCUGCUGCUGCCAUCUCUGCUUACGAUUAUUUAGGGUCCUGUGGAGACCCUCAGCAAUUGAGCUACCACAAAUGAUUCGACUUCUGCACUUGCGCACAGAAGUUACAUCAUCCCCACCACGCCGUCCAAUGAGCUGAGUGUGCGCUGUACAGCUACAAAGAUAAUAUAAAAAUUUUAGGUGAAAGAGGAUGAGACUUGGCAUGUCCAAAAAUCCUUACCUUGUAGCACAUUUUAUUUUUAAAAUAGUUUAGUUCUGCUUUAAAUUCCAUUGCCUGUCAUAUGUUUCAAUGGAUGCAAUUGAUUGCUAGCAAUGUUAGUUUUCCUGCAUGCGCCCUUUAUUGGGGGCAUUUAUGGGUAGCUUGGGAGGUCUCCCCUCAGCUAUUCUGAUAAGGCCCACUAUAAUUAUUAGCAAUGGCCCAGAUUCAGGUAGCAAUUGCGUCUGCGUAACCAUAGCAAUUGCUUACUUGCGCCGGCGUUU